AUGAAUGAUGAAGCCUCGGAUACCGCCCCCAGCGAUGAGGUUGCGCUUGGGGGAAGACUGACACAACCCCUAGCAGAGGCAAGCGGAGCAAGUGGCGCUCCUCUGCGAAACGGAACCACAAGGCCAGGCGUCUCAACUAGGAUUAAAAGAGGAAACAGCUUGGAUGUGUUAAGUCAAGGUUCAUCAGAACUCGCACAAGACAAUCCCGCUCCACCUCAAGCACGAAGGCAGCAUUGGACAAGAGCAAUGAAUACAAGUCUAAUAAAUGCAUAUUACGAAGCUACAGAGGGAGGGACUCAAACAAAGAAAUACGCAGCAAAAUUAGUGGAACUCUGGACGAAAACCUACCCAGACAAGCAGUUCACCGGAAAGCACCUAAUCGCGCAGAUAAAGAAUAUUAAAUCGAGAAAACUACUCUCUCCAGAUGAACUCGAGGCGAUGAAGGCAGACUCAGUGAGAAAAUCCCCAACUCAAACAAUUAACAACAUACGGAGAAGCAUCCAACGAAGAAGUUUACAACCACAACAGGAAAGAAGUCCACAACCACAACGAGAAAGAAGUCCACAAUCACAACACGAGAUAAUCUCACAGCCACAACAAGAAGUAACUAAGGAUAACGAGGCAACUUUAGGAAUACAUGCGCUGUUUCAGGAAAUCAACAUUCAAUGGGAAGGAGUAGAGAUAACCAGCAAACCGAAAAUCUCUAAACUGAAUACCAAUAAAGAGACCUCUGCAAUGAUGAAAACCAUUGAUGAGACCCUUGAUGAAACGUUUAACAACUCAACAAGCCUAGAAGAACUGUGCCACAAGGAAUUGAACAACAAAAAUGAUAAUACCGAUAUCACACAUACAGAGUGGGUCACUAACCUCACUAACACUACUAUACCUAAAACAGUCAUGGAAGUUUUAAGCUUGGGCCCAAACUACAGCAAAGAAUAUAAAACAAAAGACAUACCUAUAACGGACAUUGUUGCGAGUUUGGAAACUGCAAUUAUGAAUCUGGAACCAGAAACACAGAAAAAAAUAAGAACAGAUAUUACAAAUACCAUCACUAAUUUCAAACACAAAAAUUCUAAGAAGAAUAGAGAACAAGUAAUAUUGAAUAAAAAAAUCAAAGAAACGACAGUAUUUCUGAAGAACAAUCCUCAACUCACCAUCCUGAAACCAGAUAAAUCGAAUAAAACCGUUAUUAUGAACAAAAAGAAACCUGAGCUGGUCCCAGGCUUUAUGACUGCUGGACUGACAUAUAUGUUGACCAAAGGAGCCGAAUCAAAAGAUCCAAAAAACUACAGACCGGUUACAUGCUUGCCGACCAUUUACAAACUCCUCACAGGAGUACUCACCCGGCACAUCAACAACCACGUGAGAAGCCACAACAUCUUGGCAACUGAACAAAACGGAUGCAAAUCCAAAGCAAUGGGUGCCAAAGAACUGUUGAUAACGGAUGUUAUCAUCACGAAACACGCAAGAAAAAAGCUACGUAACAUCUCGGUAGCGUGGGUGGACUAUAAAAAAGCGUUUGACUCGGUACCCCACACUUGGCUGCUCAAGGUUCUGAGUAUGUACGGAGUAUGUGGAUCAGUAAUAAAUCUCCUAAAACACCUAAUGAGCGAAUGGCGAACCUCGCUGAUUCUGAAAACUGGGGCUACUAUAAUUAAAACAGCUCACAUCGCAAUCAGACGGGGUCUAUUUCAAGGGGACCCACUUAGCCCCUUAUGGUUUUGCCUCAGCAAGCUCAUCAAUGAACAGAAAUAUGGAUACAUCCUAGACAAAAACAGAAAGAUCAAAAUAACCCAUCAACUAUAUAUUGAUGAUCUCAAAUUAUAUGCGUCCAAUGAAGAACAACUUGAAAAAAUGUUAGAGAUCGUGGCAACAUUUAGUGAGACCAUAAGAAUGGAGAUGGGGCUAGACAAGUGCGCAAGGCUAAAGGUCAAAAGGGGAAAAAUAUCUGAAAAUGAUUCCAACAUCUUGAAUCCAAAUGCCAUUCAGAACCUCGGCAUGGAUGAAACCUAUAAGUAUCUAGGUAUACAGCAAGCUCUAGAAAUUAAAAACGCUGAAAUGAAGGAAGCCUUUAGUAAGAAACUAUUUCAUCGGGUGAACCAAGUGCUCCAGUCCAAACUGAAUUCGAAAUCAUUGUUUCUAGCCUUGAACACAUGGGCAUUGCCCAUAAUGACGUACACCUUCGGGGUACUUACAUGGUCGACUACAGAACUGCAGGCUUUGGACACGAAGAUCCGCACCAUUUUGACGAAAUACGGAGUACAUCACCCUCACUCAUCCGUGGCAAGACUCUAUCUCCAAAGACAUCUAGGGGGAAGAGGGAUGCUUAACCUAGAAACAUCACAUAACAAAUCCGUAAUAAAACUAAGGGAAUACUUCAUGAAGCAGAACUUACCCUUUGUCAGAGCCCUUCGUUCGGUAGAUGUAGGAUGCUCCCCAUUACGGCUAUCGGAUUCCGACUUCGCGCUGCCGAUUCGCACUCAGCAAAACCUGCAGGAGGAAUGGAAAGCUAAGGUAUUACAUGGUAGAUACCCUAAUAAUUUAGACAACAGCAAUGUGAAUAAAAAAGAAUCCUUAACUUACCUUAAGGCGGGCUACCUGUUUCCUGAAACUGAGGGCAGGCUGCUUGCAAUACAGGAUCAGGUGAUUCCUACCAGGUCUUACCUCAAAAACAUAGCGGGGCAACAACUUACCUCUGAUCUAUGUAGAAAAUGCAAGCUGAGGCGUGAACACAUCCAACAUGUUACGUCUGGUUGCUCCAUCCUCGCUCCGAGAGAAUACACGGAUAGACACAACCAAAUGGCAAAAGUUUACCAUCAGGCCAUGGCACUGAAAUUAAAACUAGUCAAAACUAAGAGGAAAGAUCAUCUAUACUCACCUGAGAAUGUCCUCGAGAACGAAGAAUUUAAAUUAUAUUGGGACACCACGAUAGUGACGGACAGGCCAGUGGCAAAUAAUCGACCGGAUAUCGUCUUACUGAACAAAACUGAAAAAAGCUGUGAGAUCAUCGAUAUUACGGUUCCUUCAGACGACAGUAUUUCAAGGGCAUACACUGAAAAAAUUACAAAAUACUUCGAUCUGUCGUUCGAACUAAAGGAAAUGUAUAAGCUCAAGAAAAUAUCUAUUAUCCCACUGGUGAUGUCGGUCAACGGACUCGUAGAAGAACAUCUUGUUGAUAACACAAAGAUGUUGGAACUUGACAUCUAUGUUGUUUCGAGUGCCCAGAAGGAAGUCAUACUGGGCAAUACACGUAUCGUAAGGCGCUUCUUUCAUAGCUCUUGA